UUACUUUUAAAAUUAAUUUUGAAGAAAAAAUCGAUAUAUAAAAUUUACAAAACACGAAGUCAUUUCAGCUAUAUUGUGUGUACUUAGUAUCUAUAUAAAUUAUGCUAAAAUUAAGUCGUAAAUUCCAUUACAAGUAACACUCGCAACGUGAGAUUAGAAAUAAAUUUGUCAUCCGACUACACUUUCUGCACUUUUUUUCCCUUUCUACUCUGUUGUCGCGAGUCCUAAGUAGAGUAUCUAUUUUUCGCCUUAGAACCGGGAAGUGUAAAGUGUAAUGUGAUGCAAAUAGAAGAAACGGGAGCAUAAAUAAUUUUAAUAUUUUAAGUCCACAAUCCGCGAACACCACGUGUUCGUUCGCGAUGAUGGACAUAGUUCUUAAGUAAUACACCUAAAAAUAUCCGCAGUCCAACGAGAUCGUCCAACCGUAUCGACCCCGAAGAAAAGGAUCGAGAUUCUCUCGCGAGGAAUGGAUCUGUCGCGAUAUCGUAAAUUCAUCGUCUACGUGUUGACGUUCCUGGCGUACGCCUGGUCCGGCUACGGCGCCGGUUUGCUGACGAAUUUACGGGACGCCGUGCUGUCGGCGGAGACAAUCUUUCAAGAUUUCUUCGCCAACGCCAUAACUAUCGCGAAGAAGAUGAAGGACAUACACGAGGUGUUCGACGCCGCGGUGGAGGAGAACUGCUUCUUUCGGUGUCCCGAUGGUUCCACGCCGAAGCCAGACUGGAAUCAUAAACCGCGAAGCAACGGAUGCGGUUCUCUCGGAAUCGAGGUAAAUCAAGAAUAUCUCCCACUCACUGAAAUGACGAAGUGCUGUGAUAUUCACGACAUUUGCUACGACACUUGCAAUACGGACAAGGAGAAAUGCGAUUUAGAAUUCAAGAGAUGCUUGUACAAAUAUUGCGAUACAUACCAGACUACUGGUGUUACCAUUGUCAACACAUGUAAAGCUGCUGCAAAAGUCCUUUUCACAGGGACAACCGCAUUGGGUUGCAAGAGCUUCCUCGAUGCCCAGAAAGUGGCUUGUUACUGUCCUGAUAAGUGGAAAAAUAAGAAACCAAAGAAAGCGGCGCAGGCUGGCGGAGAAUUAUAAUGUUGCACGUAAAAAA